GCGAAAUCCGGAAGAAGAAUAAACGAAAGAGUUGCAAUGGUGAAAAAAUGUAAAUCUAACAGCGAAGAAGUUAGAUCUCAUUGUGAAGAAGAAACUGGUUCAGCACGCGUCGAAUCAAACAUGUCGUCAAAUAAAAGGCAAAUUGUGGACGUUCAAAUAGCAAAUAAAAUUCACAAUAUACAAUUAGGUGAAAAGCCGUAUUCGUGUAAUACAUGUGGUAAAAGUUAUAAUAAUUGUACUGUUUUGAACAGGCAUUAUAAAACACAUACUGAUGAGAGGCCUUAUAUAUGUAAUACAUGUGGCAAGAGUUUUAGUAAUUCUACUGCUUUGAACAGGCAUAAUAGAAUACACACUGAUGAGAAGCCGUAUUCGUGUGAUAUAUGUAGUAAGUCUUUCAAUCAAUCUAGUCAUUUGAAAGAUCAUAUAAGAAUACAUACGGGUGAAAAGCCAUAUUCUUGUAAAGAAUGUGGUAAGAGCUUCAAUCUUUCUAAUUCUUUGAAGUUGCACAGUAGAAUACAUACUGGUGAAAAGCCAUAUUCUUGUAAAGAAUGUGGCAAGAGUUUCACUCGAUCUCGUGAUUUGAUAGUACAUAAUAGAAUACAUACUGGUGAGAAGCCGUAUUCGUGUAAUGUUUGUGGCGAGAGUUUCAGACAUUUUGGUUCCCUGAAGACACAUAAUAGACUACAUACUGAUGAAAAGCCGUAUUCGUGUAAUAUUUCGUGUAAUGUAUGUGGCGAGAAUUUCAGUCGUUCUCGUGAUUUGAAGAAACACAAUAGAAUACAUGCUAGUGAAAAGCUAUAUUCGUGUAAUGUGUGUGGCAAGAGUUUCAAACACUCUGGUAAUUUAAAGAUACACAAUAGACUUCAUACUGGUGAAAAGCCGUAUUCAUGUAAUACUUGUGGUAGGAGUUUUAAUAAUUCUACUGCUUUUAACAGGCAUAUUAGAAUACAUACUAAUGAAAAACCCCAUUCGUGUGAUAUAUGUGGCAAGACUUUCAUUCAAUCUAGUUAUUUGAAAAUACAUAUAAGAACACAUACUGGUGAAAAGCCGUAUUCUUGUCAAGAAUGUGGUAAGAGUUUCAAUCAAUUAAAAGAAUUGAAGAUGCAUAAUAGACUACAUACUGGCGAAAAGCCGUAUUGGUGUAAUGAAUGUGGCAAGAGUUUUACUCGAUCUUGUUCUUUGAAGAAGCAUAGAAGAAAUGUACAUAGUAUGGUGCCAGGUGGGACUAUAACAUGAGUUCUGUGCAGUGAAUUAUCGAAGUAAAAUUAAUUUGCAAAUUACGAGCGCUUAUCUAAUGUCAGAAUCGUUAUUUUUGUUUGUAACUUAUAGUUAUUUAUGCAACUGUUGUGUAAUAAGGGGUAUUAAAACACGAAUGUGAUAAUAGUAUCACAUGAGUGUUUUAAUACCUAAUUAUCAACAGUUGCAUACAAGACUUUAUCUACACCCAGAAUAUGAAUCCUCUAAAAGAUUCUGGAACAUUUAGCUUACUGCUAACAUUAAAACACCAGUCCUAGUAGUAACCUAAUAUCAUUAAUUACUGAUUAUAUACAAAUAAACUAAGUAUUAAUGAAAAAAAUAUUUAUUUUAGUAGUAAUUUACAUUUUGUAUAGUGCAAUAAUUAAAAUUCACUCGAAUAUAAUGUUCUGUUGCAGCGUUUAAAAUGAAUCGCUCAUUUUUUGUAAACAAAACAAUAAAAAUAUCGAAGUAAAAUGGCGGGAAUUCGAAUAACCUACAUUUUUUUUACGGCGCGCGACGUUCUGGUAGUGUGGAACGCGCGUAAACGAAAAUGUUCUUUUUUUGAAAUUCAUACAGAUAUCACGCAUCGAGCAAUAAGAAUGUGGCUGUCUGUUGAAACUCUGCGCAUGAAGGGAUAAAAAAAAACAUAGGAGUGUUGUUAUAAAUUCAGUACUACAUUACAACACUCGUUUAGAUGAUGUAAUGGUUAUUAGAACAUUGGGUGUUUUAAUGUUGGCAAUAAGCUAACUGUUUCAGAAUCUUUAAUAGAGGAUUUAAAGCAUGGGUGUAGAUAAAUAUCAUUUACAGACAAAAUAUUAGUUAAAGUUAUAGUUGGGUCAUUAUAAACGUGCGAACUGAGUCAUAAAUCAUUUUUAUCAGAUCUCUCGCUCACACUUAUUGGCAUAUCGGAACUCUCGCUCGCACUGCUAGUGUUGUGUGCAACAAAGAAGGGAUUUGUCGAGUCAUUAGCGGGUAAUUAGAAAGGUUAACGAAAUAAUGCAAAAUAUUUUUAUCAUAACAUACCAUAAUGAUAAAAUGAAUAAAUAGUGCGUUGCAACAAAAAAACAUCGACAUUGUCGAUACUUGUAACUGUUUCCGGUUUUACAUAUGUUUCUCUUGGUGUAGAUUGUCUUUGUCUACAGUUCUCAUACUAACUCCACAAAGAAGCGCCUUAAUAUUUCGUGGUUUAUUUAAAUUUAGAGAAGAUAUUUUUGCCGGGUCACCUUUCAAUUCAUUAAACACUGUUUACACAUUAUGAAUAACUGUACGAGUUUGUGCGUUAAUAUCGCCCUUUAAUUUUAACAAAGUUAAGUUGUAGGAUAAUGCGUUCAUGGUUCGCUUAUGUAAGUCUAAUGACAAUUAUAACACAAUUUUCACAAACGCCUACAUUUGACCUUAUUGCAUUAGUCAUCAACUACGUGCUUCCGAGCGGCAUCCCUUUAUCGAUAACGAGUUGUGCGGUAUUGUCACAUCCCUUUGACGUAAUGUUUUAUAACUCAGUUCGCGCGUUUGUAAUGGCCCAACUAUAGUAAUAUUUUUACUUUCAUAAUAAAAUUUUAAAAAUUAUUGACAUUACGAAACAUUUAUAAUCAUACAAUAAAUAAGUACCUACCUACUAAGCUAGAGGUCCCGGGUUCGAAUCCCGGUAGGUGCAAGCAUUUAUAUGAUGAAUAUGGAUGUUUGUUUCCGAGUCAUGGAUGUUUAUAUGAAUUUAUGUUUAAGUAAGUAUAUUGUAUUAAAUAUAUCCUUGUCUUGUAACCCAUAACACAGGCUAUGUAUGCUUAACUUGGGGCAAGAUAAUUUGUGUAAAAAGUGUGUCAAUAUUAUUAUUAUUAUAAGUAUAGCCGCCAAAAGUAGUGCGGUGGAAAAAUAUAUUAUUUUCUAAAUAUUGCUUUUAAGACUUUUGUGUCUUCUAUGAAUAACCAUUUUAGUAUACAGGCUGUUAAAAAAAUCUUGUACUAUAUCUUAAGGCGUAUAUUAGUAUCAAAUAGUGGGUAUAUAUAAAUAUUGUCAAGGAUAUAAUCACAUUAAAAAAAGUGAAAAGAAAUGAGUUAUUUAAUAAAAACAAACAUAUUGUUUAGAUUUGAAAGAGCGACAUCUCAAGUCAAAUUCCUAAUAUGCAAAUAUUAGAGUUGAGCAGGUUAUCGAAUGUAAAGUAGAUCCUGUAGUUGAGAGUUGAACAAGACAUACAAAAUUUAUCAACGAUGCGUCACUCGAACGGUUGGCUCAGUGGAAAGAGCGCUUGCACGGAACGCGAAAAGUUCGAGUCCCGCAUCGUUGCUAAUUUUUUUAUCAAAUUUUAUAGUAGAAAAUAUAUUAUAUCUAAAAUUUUUAUCAAAAGAAUAUUGUAAACUGGCAAAAGUCAUAUUCUGAUUCAUACACAUUGAACUGUGGUGUUAGGCAGAGCGUACUGACUUCUCCGAUCUUAUUCAAUCUGUAUGACGUCGCACUGAUCGAGGAACUGAGUUCAUUUAAAUUUUAAAUAAAACACUUUUAAAGGAUUAAAACGCGUGUAAUUGUAACGGUUUUACAUAAGAUUUUUGCGUAAAAGUUACAUUUUUAUUUUAGUUAAACCGACGUUUCAAAACCGUUCCAGAUCUCGUUUUCAGGGGGACUGCAGAUGAAAUGAGUUAAAGAGUAUUUGUCAUAGUUGUCAUUAUGAAGUUUAGCGCCAUUUAUUUCCUGGGAGGUGGUAUUUUCUGUACACAGAUGGUUUUUGACAAUAUUUACUGUCAGUGUCCUCUUCUUUUUUGGUAUGUGUAGUUUUGGGUUUUAAUUUAGAGAUUGUUGGAUCCCAGGUGUUAGAUAAUUUUAGGGCAUCUUUUCUAUUGAAAUUUGGGUGUUUUUUUUUAUUUCGAUGGCGCGUACCAGUCUUGGGAGAAAUCUAUUCUCUUUAACAACGUUUUGGUUGGUCGAACCGGAUGUAGUGGUUACGACGGUCUGUUAUGUGUUCACAUACAGUUGACUUUGAGUGACUGAGUUCAGCCCAUGUCGGAUCUCAUAUUGGUGUCAAUAACAUAAGUUACUCGGAUGGCAUGGUGCUCCUUAGCCCCUCGAUCAAGGGUUUUAGAAGAAUGGUAAAAAAUUUGCUUGCAAUCACGGGUAACUGUACAACGAAAAUAAUAGUAAUGUCAUGGUAUUUCGCUCGGGAAAGGGCCCGGAUAACAUCCCGCCUAUUUAUAUGAACGAAAACUAGCAAUAGUAAAAAGGUUAAAAUAUUUAGGACAUUUUGUCACCAGUACUCUAAGCGACAAACAAAUUUAACCCGUAAAUUUUUAAACCUAUAUGAGCUUAAUUUUAUUUAUUCUAUUGUUAGUAGAUUGUUUAUUUUUUAACCUGUUAUAAGUAAAAACUGUAGUUUCAUUUAAUUAUUAUAUUAUUACUAUAUAAUUAAUAAUUUAAUUAUGUGUGUAUUGUACUUUAA